CAACUCAAUACGCUGAUAUCACUCGUUCACGGCAAAAGCAUUGAAUCCAUCCUCGCUUUACAGAGCCCCACACUUUUGCAGAUGACACCAGGUGCUCCUUUUCUUUUUACUGCACAAGGUAGUACGAGAUCCGAGGUAACGGGCAUGUCAGACGAUACCGAACCUUGGGACCAGGCCUUACGAACAAAUGAGAACCUGACAUCACGAACGCGAGUGAAUCUGAUUGAUCUAUUGGUAUCAUCGGGCGCAACCAUACACGGCAGCGUUUGGUAA